AAAAGAGGCCUCCAGUGUGGUUGCCUGUGCUGCCAACGUUUAGUGUAUUUGGGUGACUCUGACAUCCAUAGAGAUUUCCCUGAUUUGGGGGUCCACAGAGGUUCACUGUGCCCUGAAGCUUCACUUCUCCUACCAGGUCAAAGGCAGUGCCUGAACUGGUAAUCCACCGCCACCUUAAAGACAAGGGAAGAUCAUCAGCUGAGGGAGAACUACUCUUGGAUACUGUUGCCUCCCUCCGUCUGAAUUCACCUUGCAACUGUCUCCAAGGCCAAAGGAAGCCUGAACUCUUCACCCUGCAGUUUCUGAUCUUGGACCAACAUGUCCAGUAUGGAUAAGACACCUGCAACUAUACUAACUGAUCCUUUAUCCACGAAGACAACAACUGAGCCCGCAAUGAUUGUCUGGCUGACAAACACUGUGACUUGCCAAUCAGAAAGCUGUGCCAUAGCAGAGAGCCAACAGGUGAGCAAAGGCCAUCCACGUGGCCCCUGUAGAUGGCAACUGGGCAAGCAGCAUGGGAGAGUGUACCGUGAACAUUCAGGAAGAGGCCAAAAGAGGAAGUACCAGGCAGAAGGUAAAAAGGCUUGGCAGCAUGAAGAGCCCAUCCUACCUCUGAAGAGGCUGAAACCACAGCAGUGGGAAAUAGAGCUUGGGGUUGAAGAGCCAGGCCAGGGUCUGAUACAGAACCCCCAAGAAGAGGUUCCAUUCCACCAAAAGACCCCAGAGUUCACCAAAGGCCCCGAGGAACAGGCUGUGACUGAGACAAAGUCUGUGGAUGGAGGUAAUGGACCAAAGGGUCCCUACAGCAACAUAGAGGAAUAUGUUCAGAAACACCUCAAUGGAAUGUACCCAAGCUUGUUGGGAAACUGUCAACCCUGGGGCUCUGUGAGCUCAGACUCUCAGAAUGCUUUCCAGCACCCAUUGGACUCCUCAAAGGACAUCAAAGGCUGUGUGGAUGCACAGAUUCAUGCUUCUCAAACACCUCAAAUCUGUGAAAACAGAGUCAGCAAUGGCAUUCUCCCCAUACAAAUGCCAAUAGCUGACGCCAAAGAAAAGGCUUCUCAAGACCAAAAGCAGAGCACAGGGCUGGACCAUGGCCCUCUGGUCACAGCGGACAUGCAAAAGGAAAUCAGUAGCGCACUUGGCCCAGGGCCACAAGACCAGGUCUUGAGCUGUGCCUUCAAUAUGACCAUCACUCGAGCAGACAUGCGCACCCUGAGUGACAGCGCGUGGCUCAAUGACAACGUCAUUAAUUUUUACAUGAAUCUUCUCGUGGACAGAAAUCAGACUCAAGGAUACCCUGCCCUUUAUGCAUUUAACACCUUCUUUUACACCAAGCUAAAGAGUGGGGGCUACAGAUCAGUCCGAAGAUGGACCAAGGCAGUAAACCUCUUUGCAAAGGAACUGAUUCUGGUGCCGGUUCACCUGGAUGUGCACUGGAGCCUGGUGGUGACAGACCUAAGAGAGAAGAGUAUUGUCUACCUGGAUUCCAUGGGACAUAAGAGACCAGAUGUCCUUGAGCUGAUCUUCCACUAUCUGCAGGAUGAGAGCAAAGCCAGAAGGCAUGUGGAUCUGAACCCUUCGGAAUGGAAACAGUACAGCAUGCCAACAGAGAAGAUUCCUCAGCAGGGGAAUGACAGGGACUGCGGUGUGUUUACCUGCAAAUACGCAGAUUACAUCUCCAGAGGCCGCCCCAUCACCUUCUCUCAGCAGCACAUGCCCCUGUUUAGGAAGAGGAUGGUGUGGGAAAUCCUGCACCAGAGCCUACUGUAGCCCCACCCACCAGGCUGCUGAGGCUGCUGGGAAGGCUUUUGUGGAUGGAGCCAAGGACUUCAGGCAGGGUGGUCAGAAGGGCCUUGAAACAGGUUCUCCAGUGUAAAGAGUGGGGGAUGCCCCACACGCUUUCAAGUAAUGCUAACCUGGAACAAGGGAGAGCUGCACCGGAAGCAAUCUAGGAGAUAGAUGUGCCCGGCACAAGUUAGAAACUGCUCGACACAGACACAGCGCAUGCUCACAAGGAUGCUGCUUUAAACUGGAUUUUUGACCUUAGGUUAAUGUUGGGAUCUUCACUCAUUUUUUUUUUUAAAAACUUUUUGGUUUUUUUUAAAAUAAGUUUUAAAUAAUCACUGUAGGUGUUUUCUACUGCUUCCUAGUCUUUAAUAUUCACUGUUUCACAGUGUUGUACUGUGGCCAUGGGGCCCUUGAGACAGGCUCCAUCAGAAUUAUUGAGAAAAUUCGCAUAGACAUUUUAAGAUAAGGUCUGCUUUAUUCUUGGAAGUUGAGUGAAGUGUCUGUUCUCCUAAGUGUGUCUUUUAAACCCGGGACUCUUUGAAUAUGUCCCACCCGUGUGAGUGCUGUGCAGAACUUCACAUUCCAAAAGUAUUCAAUUAUAGGAUCUUUUUAAAAUGUUUUCUUUGUAUCUAGGGUACUGAAAUUAAAUAUUUCAUUGUUCAUGUGUUCUACUGCUUUACUCCCGUUUCUACGCAGACUUGAUGAUAUUUUUUAGUGUAUGUACUGUAUAGUAUGUAUAAU